AUGGCAACUUGCCCAGUAGAAGGAGAGCCUUGUGGAGCCCAAGAAAUCUUUUUGAAGACCCUGGUAUGCAAGACCAUCACUCUGGGGGUUGAACCCAGUGACACCAUUGAGAAUGACAAGGCCAAGAUCCAAGACAAGGAAGAGUCCACCCUGUACCUAGUGUUGUGCCUGCAUGGUGGCAUCAUUGACCUCUCCCUGCACCAGCUUGCCCAGAAGUACAACUGCAACAAGAUUACCUGUUGCAGCUGUUGCGCUUUCUUAUACCCCAGUGCCGCUAACUGCCAUGGGAAGUGUGGCCACACUAACCACCUUUGCCCCAAGAAGAAUGUCAAGUGA